CCAGUGCGGCAGUACCGGCAGUGCUGAAUGCAGCUUGCUCCAGGAUGCUUGCUCCAAGUGUAAAAUUGGCCGCCACAGAGGAUCAGACAGCCCUGAGAUUGCACCGCUCGGGCUGAUCUAUUGACAUGGUGCGUCUGCAAUAAGACGACCCAAGCCUGCGGGCAUCCGGAAGCUUACAUUGGGGAAGCCCCGAAGGAGCGCCAUGCACGGUUUGACUUCUCGCACAGUUUCGCGGAGGGUUGGGACACAGAUAAAAGGGCCAGAGUAUUAAGUCUGGAAGAUGCCAUCGCUCUCACCCCCGCGUCGUCCCAAUCCAGCGUCAUCAUUCCUCCCAGCGACCCGCCACGCGAUCCAACAUGCGCUUCGUCAGCUCUCUCGCUCUCUUCUCUCUGGCGGGCCUCGGCCUCGCCUCCCCCGUCGCCGACGCCACGGCCCUGCACGCGAGGGACGACUCCCCGUUGCUUGACACGGUCGCCGAGCCCGCCCUGCUGCGCCGCGGAGGCAGUGACAAGGGCAAGAGCAAGAGCAGGCACACGGAGACGUGCCUGUGCCAGGACGACGUCGACACGCUGGUCGACGCGUACGUGCGCAUCCUGUCCAAGUGGAACGAGACCGCCGACGCCAAGUACCUGGCCGACGACUUCGCCGACUACUCGGACAGCAUCAACAUCCUGGCCGGCCUGCCGCUGGGCGGCCCGACCUUCCCGACCAAGCAGGCCUUCAUCGACCACGAGAACACCCAGCCCGACAACCUCCCCCUGAAGGUAACCCACAAAUCCCCCUACGACUGCAACCAAAUCGCGGUGGUGUGGACGGCGACGUUCGGGGUGGCGCAGAAGCCGGUGCGCGGGGUGAGCAUCCUGGGCGCGGCGCGCGACAGCAAGAAGAAGGGCGCGCCCUGGCAGAUCAAGCGCAUCGACGUCGAGUUCAACAGCCUUGCCUACCUGCUCGACAUCGGCGGGUCGUACACGCUGCCGGGGCAGCAGCAGUGAUUACCUGCUAGCAGCGUUGGGGGCUAGAGGCUGGUCAGGAUUUGCUUGCUUCCUUGCUUGCUUGCUUGCUUGGCUUGUUUGGCUUGGCUUUGCUUGCUGGCUUGGCUUGGCUUGGCUUGCCGAGAGGGCCGGGUCAGGUUUGGGCAAUCAGAAUGAUGGACUGGGAAGGGAAAGGGGAGGAAUGCCACUGGGUUCAGCGCCAGAGGCGGGAGGGAGGUGUUGUUGGCAAGUCGGCGAAGGGAGUGGCGCGUUUGCUUAAAAUGUCCGGGCGACCAUGUCUGUUUGCUAAGAGAGAUGAAAGCGAGGAUAUAGGCCACAAGAGUUGGUAAUCUCUAAUUCGCACCAAUUCGAAGUAAAGGUUAGGUGCAGCUUCAAUGGACUUGCCCGGC